AUGGGGCGCACCACGAGGGCCGCGCGGCAGGCUUCACCAGAGGAAGAGGAACAGGAAGAGCCUGGCUCCGUGGCCGUAAGACGCGGCAGGCGUAGCGCACAGGGCGUGUACUCCCGCUCUCCGGCGCGUGGCAGCGGCACAGCAACUGGCGGCAGCCAGACCACAGGCUGUCGCUACGAUUCCAGCCUGGGCCUGCUGACGCGCAAGUUCAUUGGGCUGAUGGAGGAGGCAGAGCAAGGGGUGCUGGACCUCAACAAGGCGGCCGAGGCGCUGCAUGUGCAGAAGCGGCGCAUUUAUGACAUCACAAACGUGUUGGAGGGCAUCGGCCUGAUUGGCAAAUGCGGCAAGAACAACGUGCGCUUCACUGCACCGCAGCACAGCGUAGGCAGCAGCGGCCAGGACCAGCAGCAGCAGGGAUCGACUGGAGGGAGCGACAGCGGUGGACGGGCGCCAGCAGGUGCAGAUGGCAGCGGCGAGGGCGAGGAGGGAGCGCCAGUUGCAGCCCUGCAGAGCGAGUUGGAGGGCAUGCGGUCUGCGGAGUCGGGCCUGGACUCGCAGCUAGCAUCGCUGUGGGGCGCCAUGCGGCGAAUGACAGACCACGCUCUCAACCGCCAGCGCCUGUAUGUCACGGAUUCCGAUGUGAUGGCGCUGCCACCGAUGCGCGCCAGCGAUCAGGUGGUGGCUGUGCUGGCGCCUCAAGGCACCACAUUGGAGGUGCCAGAGCCAGAAGCAGGCCUGGCGCAGGGCGCCCGGCGAUACAGGAUCAUCAUCAAAAGCGAGCGUGAGCCGGUUGAGGUGUGGAAGUUCCUGGCGCGGCCAUCACAGCCAGGAGAAAGAAUUGCGGCCGGAGAUGCAGCAGCAGCAGCAGCAGCAGCGGCAGCAAUGGAGCAGGGGCCUGCUGCGCUGCGGGGUGCUGGGGCAGCUCUCGCAGCAGCUGGCAGUGGCGAGGAGGAUCACGGCAUGAGGGUGGGGGGUGAGGAUGUGGAGGAUGAAAUGGGCGAGGCAUCCUCGCCGCCGCCUCCGCCCUUUGGAAGGUUGCCCUCCAUAGCGCCCUCUCCUGAUGCUGGCAUGUUGUGGGAGGUCCAGCCGCCCAUGGGCAUCUCGCCCGCGCUGCCCUUCCUUACCGGCCACAUGCUGCACGGUGGCCAUGGCGGCAUCCCUCCGCCGCCACCGCCGCUGCCGCCUGCACCACCAUCACCUGGCGCACUGCUGCGGCUGGACGCCUCCGAGGCGUGGUUCAGCGGGGACCCAGGCAGCGCUGGAGGUGGCACCGGUGCAUUCCCGACGCUGGCCGACCUCUUCCGUGAUCCAGCCAAUGUUUCCGUCCUUAAUCUGUAA